GACGGGCUUGCCGGCCCAGCCUGCCAUCUUAAAGACUUCGGCACCUGACUGGAGCAGCGGCUCCAGCCUCAUGGCGCACGCCGAAAAGGCCAUGGACGGGGGCUAUGAGGCCGCAGCCCGCAGUCCCCUCCCCUUCUCCUUCGCCUGCGCCUCGGGCACCUUCGGCUCCUUCUGCGGCUCCUUCUGUCGCUCCUUCUGCAAGGUCUUCAAGGAGGGCUUUGGGCCUCUUGGGGCGCAGAGCGCAAGGCCAGGAAUUGCAAAAGAGAGGGGCGGCGGAAAGGAGAGAGGGUGUUCAAUGGGGCGAAAUGUGAGACAUCCGCUGGCUCCGGAAGCUCCGCGCGAUCGGAAGUCGCCGCACAAGAACGGACACGAGCAGCCCUGCGAGCUGUUGCAAGGGAGGCGCCAGGGUCCGGAGGCGGUGACGAGUCCUCUGGCAAAGGAAUCCAAGUGGCACGAGGACAAGCUGGCGGCCCCUUUCACGACUCCUCUUCGAAUCUUGUUGUUCACAGUACUCAUCGAUAUCCUGUUGGACCCUGUGGAAGCGGCAGUGAGCACCGAGGAGAAUAUCAAAGAACUCAGCGAAGCCCAACCCAUCACUCGAACUGCAGGCCGAGUUUUUGUUGGCCCCUUCUUGGUCUCAGCCCGACGGAGCAUAGGUGGCGUAGUGGACGAAGCGGCGAACCUGGAUUCGUGGUUGAGGGCCUUGGUCAACUGCACAGUAUGGAAGCACUUGGGGGGGAUCUUCCAGAACCAUCCCUCCAGCCCUGCAGCAGACGAUCUCACAGCUACGGCUAUGCCUCUCCAUCUGAGCGUCUUCCGUGUCUCUCAGCUUCAGCGCCUGGAGGAUCGCUUGGAUUUUGCGGGGCGGGCAGAGUUCGUGUUUUGGCCAUUCCCCGGGAGCUUCUUUGGCUUCACCGUCUUAGGCGACGCCGAGGCUGCAGAGUGGCUGAGGGAUCAGCGUGAAGGCUCCACCGUGGAAGUUCAAGUCUUCAAUAACCCGGAUCUUGGAGCAGGCGGAAGCUUGCGAGGGCACACAAAGAGCAACCCGGCAUGUCUGCAAGGCUACACUCCAAGGUGCAGGGAACCCCUCAUGGCUGCGCCACCAGACGGGACAGGGAGACCAAGCCGCGAUCCACGGGACGCGCCUGCCGAGGCGGUUUUCUGCACUUCCGGGUUUCGCAGCAAGCAGAGAAAGCUUGCUUGGCUUGCAGCACUUCAAAGUCGAGACACGACUGGAAUUCAAACCGUUCCUGUGGCUCAGAAUCUGUAG